GGCGGAGGGUAAUGGGAUGGGGGUCUCGCGGCAGCGCUGAAACUCCGGGUGGGCGUCCAUGGCGCUGCUCUGCUGACAGGGCUGAGAGCAGCCUGCCUUCCGCUUUCACCAGCUCCGCGUCCGAAUAACCGGUCUUUCCCCGGGGAGUCAGUUCCUCCUCGGGCCCCUGAGCCAUGCCCAUCGAGGCCGCCCCGGACGAGCCAGCUGACCAGUCAUUGACCUAAAGAUCUUUUCGAAAUUCUGAAGCCAUUCUCUGCUAAUCAGCUGUAUGACUGUUGGUAAAGUUGCUCACCAGUGUAAAUUAAUUAUUUGAAAGCAAUUGAACAAUGGAGCCAGACAUCAUUCGAAUGUACUCUUCAUCCCCACCACCACUAGACAAUGGAGCUGAGGAUGAUGAUGAUGAUGAAUUUGGGGAAUUUGGUGGGUUUUCCGAAGUUAGCCCUUCUGGUGUAGGGUUUGUUGAUUUUGAUACACCAGAUUAUACUCAUCCCAAGGAAGAGUUUGUACCUUCAAACCAUUUUAUGCCAAUUCAUGAUUUCUCAGAAAAUGUAGAUAGCCUUACAAGCUUUAAGUCCAUUAAAAAUGGUAAUAAUGAUAAGGACAUCACUGCUGAACUUUCUUCUUCUGUGAAAGGACAGUCUGAUAUUUUACUUUCUACCACCAGCAAAGAAAUAAUUUCAUCUAAAACUUUAGAUACUUCCAUUGAUGGCAUAGAAAGUCCAAGAGAUUUGAAUGAAAUAGUGGAACAGAGACAGAAUGUUGGAACACCUGAAAGUUUCUCUCCAGGAGAUUUUAGAACUGAUAUGAAUGUUGUUCAUCAAAACAAGCAGUUAGAGAGCUGCAAUGGUGAAAAGCCUCCUUGUCUGGAGAUUCUAACAAAUGGGUUUGCAGUAUUGGAAACUGUAAAUCCUCAGGGAACAGAUGAUCUGGACACUGUAGCUGAUUCAAAAGGACGAAAGCCUCUUAGCACUCACAGUACUGAGUAUAAUUUAGACUCUGCACCUAGUCCUGCAGAGGAAUUUGCAGAUUUUGCCACAUUUUCCAAAAAAGAAAGGAUACAACUAGAAGAAAUAGGAUGUGCAGUUUUAAAUGAUAGGGAAGCACUUACCAUUCAGGAAAACAAUAAAAUUAAUAGAGUCAAUGAACUGAAUUCUGUAAAAGAAGUGUCCUUGGAUAGAAGCAUUGACGAUAAAGGAGACACUGCUGGAGAGGAUCAGGUUUGUGUUUCAGAAAUAAGCAUGGUGAGUAAUGGAGCUUUCACCAGUGAAAAACAAAGCCUUCCAACAUUGCAACAGGAUGAAUUUUUAAAUUCAAGUGUUCAAUCAAAGGCUUGGAGUUUGGUAGACUCAGCUGAAAAUUCAGAAGCCAGUAGGAGAGAACAAUGUAAAACUGAGGAAAAACUUGAUUUAUUUACUUCUAAAUGUGCUGACCUAUGCAUGGAUUCUACUAAAACUUAUGAUGCUGAUGAUGAAGUUGGUUCUUCCAAAGAAGAAAGUAGAAAGUUUACUGAUUCCCGAAGCCUCAGCAUUGAUCCUACAGAAGAAAAUGUUUUGGAUGAUUCUAUAAGUGUAAAAAAUGGUGAUAGUAGUAAUGACUUUGUGACUUGCAACGAUACCAAUGAGGAUGAUUUUGGUGACUUUGGCACAGCCAGUGGCACGACUCCACCUUUUGUUACUGGUACACAAGAUUCAAUGAGUGAUGUCACUUUUGAAGAGUGUUCAGAGCACUUUCCACAUUUUAGUGAACCAGGUGAUGACUUUGGAGAAUUUGGGGAAUCAAAUGCUCUCUCUUGCCCAGAGGAAAUUAUAUUUACUGAGUCAGUUCUAAAACAGACUUCUGAUAGUUUAUCAGAGGGAUGCAAUUUGGCAAGAAAAUCUACUGGGACAGGCACUGAACCUGUUUCAGAACUGAAAAUUGGGCAAGAAGGUGAGUUUGGAGAUUUUGAUUCUGUGCCAAACAUUCAAGAUGACUGCAGUGAUUUUCAGGACUCUGAUGAUUUUGCGGACUUCAGUUCAGCUGGUCCUAGCCAGGUCGUAGACUGGAAUGCUUUUGAGGAUGGACAGAAAGAUAGCUGCUCUUGGGCUGCUUUUGGAGACCAGCAAGCUACUGAAUCUCAUCAUCGAAAGGAAGCCUGGCAGUCACAUAGGACAGAUGAGAAGAUUGAUACUCCAGGAACCCCCAAAACGCACAGUGUCCCUUUAGCAGCUUCCAAAGGAGCAGUUGCUGGUGGUCAUUUACGGGAAACAGCCACUUCAGCUCAGACAGCUUUACUAAACCGCCUGGAGCGAAUUUUCGAAGCAUGUUUUCCUUCCAUAUUUGUCCCUGAUACUGAAGAAGAAGUUACUUCCCUGAAGCACUUGCUGGAAACAAGCACCUUGCCAAUAAAAAGAAGAGAGGCCUUAGCUGAAAGUGGGGAACUGCUGGAUGUGUGGGCUGAGCUACAGGACAUCCAUGAUGCACAUGGCUUGAGAUAUCAGUGGGGCGGCUCCCAUAGCAACAAGAAGCUCUUGUGCUCCUUGGGAAUAGACACCCGAAACAUUCUCUUCACGGGCAAUAAGAAGCAACCUGUUAUAGUGCCCAUGUAUGCAGCAGGAUUGGGUAUGUUAGAGCCCACCAAGGAACCGUUGAAACCACUAUCUGCUGCAGAGAAAAUCGCUUCCAUCGGUCAGACAACCACUAUGUCACCAGAAAUGAACACAUGUACAUCUGACCAAUUCCAGGAGUCUCUACCACCCGUCCAGUUUGACUGGAGUAGCAGUGGCCUUACUAACCCUUUAGAUGCUAGUGGAGGUUCCACUCUUCUGAACCUUGAUUUCUUUGGGCCCGUGGAUGACAGUAGCUCUAGCAGCAGCACCACAAUCCCAGGUGUGGAUCCAGAGUUGUAUGAGUUAACAACUUCUAAGCUGGAAAUCUCCACCUCAAGCCUCAAAGUGACUGAUGCAUUUGCGAGACUCAUGUCCACAGUAGAGAAGACAAGCACAUCUACCAGGAAACCGAAAAGAGAAGAGCACCUGAGCGAAGAAGCCACCAAGGUGAUCGCCAGCCUUCCUGACCUGACGUUCAUGCAUGCCAAGGUGUUGAUGUUCCCAGCCACCUUGACACCUUCCACAGGCUCCCAAGAGAAGGCAGACUGAUGACUGACGUGAACUGGACGGUUUCACUUGCUUUUCCUUCCCUCCAGCCCUUCCCCACCAUCAAAAGCAUACCUGCUCUAAUUAAAAAAAAAAAAAAAAAAAAAAAAAUUAAAGUUCAGCUGAUUUGUUGGUAAGCCGCACUAGAAAGG